AGGCCCUGACGUCCGGGCCCGCGGCGCUGGGCGCGGUGGCGGCGGCGGCGGCGGCGGCGGCGGCGGCCCUGGUGGCCGCGCUGCUCCUGCUGCGGCGUGAGGACGCGGGCCCGGGGGGCGGCUGCAGCAUGGCCGGGACCCCGGCGCUGCCGAAGCUUCGAGAAGACUUCAGGAUGCAGAAUAAGUCCGUCUUCAUCCUGGGCGCCAGCGGGGAAACCGGCAGAGUGCUCUUAAGAGAAAUCUUGGAACAGAACCUGUUUUCCAAAGUCACGCUCAUUGGCCGGAGAAGGCUCACCUUCGAUGAGGAAGCUUAUAAAAAUGUGAAUCAAGAAGUGGUGGACUUUGAAAAGUUGGAUGACUACGCUUCUGCCUUUCAAGGUCAUGAUGUUGGAUUUUGUUGCCUGGGUACCACCAGAAAAAAAGCUGGGGCGGAAGGAUUUGUUCGUGUCGAUCGAGAUUAUGUCUUCAAGUCUGCGGAGCUGGCAAAAGCUGGAGGGUGCAAACAUUUUAACUUGCUGUCCUCUAAAGGAGCUGAUAAGUCAAGCAAUUUUUUAUACCUGCAAGUUAAGGGAGAAGUGGAAGCUAGGGUUGAAGAGUUACAAUUUGAUCGUUACUCUGUGUUCAGGCCUGGAGUUCUACUGUGUGAUAGGCAAGAAUCACGCCCAAGUGAAUGGUUGGUUAGGAAAUUCUUUGGCUCCCUACCAGAAUCUUGGGCCAGUGGGCACUCUGUGCCAGUGAUGACUGUGGUUAGGGCAAUGCUGAACAACGCAGUGAGCCCAAGCGGCAAGAAGAAAGAACUGCUGGAUAAUAAGGCCAUCCAUGACCUGGGGAAAGCCGACAGCUGUCUCAAACCAUGACCAUGCCGGAGAAAUGCUUCCUGUGUAAAACUCAACACCCACUGCCUAAUUGGUACUUUCAGGGUCUAAAAAAAGUUAUUGUGUUUUAACUGUGGUUUCACUAAUCUCAGCUGCCCAGAUCCAAUCAAAAACUAUUGUGAACUGCAUCAGCAGUUCAGAGCCUGGUCUUACAUCUAUGUACGUCACCCAGGGAGUUUUCCAAAGUAGAGAUUUGUAGGCUCUCCCUCAAACCUCUGAAGCAGAAUCUUCAAGGUAUGAGUACAGGAAUCUGUUGGGUUUUUUAUUUUUUAUUUUUUAUUUUUUUAUUUUUAUUUUUUUUUGGUUUUUUUUUUUUUUUAAAAGCUUCCUCUAGUGGUUCUAGUGGUUCUGGUACUUUGGGGAGAACCAGAGGCCUGGUGGGGAGGCCUGCUUUGAAAGGCUUGUCUGCAGUCAGAGCAGCAGCACAAACCUUCUAUAUUCUGCAGAUGAGGUCUGUUAUAAAACUGUCCUUCGUGUCUUUGCGUUACCUGGUGCUGACUGCUGUAUUUGUGUAAGUUUAACAUUGUGCCUUACUACUUGUUCAAAAUAUAUAAUAAAAGUUAUAUAACUGA